CUCACUAUUUGAACAUUUUACAGAAACGACACAUUUUGCUCUUAAAGGUCGUGUAAAAUCGAAGCCCAUUGAAGGUCCACGAUACACCUCCUCACAGACGCAGGCUUCAGACGACACCCUGCGAAACCAUGGAUCGCUCGCCCACCUCCUCCAGCCUCAUGGCCAGCAGCAAUGUCACCAACAAAACCGACCCGCGCUCUCUCAACUCCCGGGUUUUCAUCGGGAAUCUCAACACGCUGCUCGUCACCAAGGCCGACGUGGAGGCCAUUUUCUCCAAAUAUGGGAAGAUUGUGGGCUGCUCCGUGCACAAGGGCUACGCGUUUGUCCAGUACGCCAACGAGAGGAACGCCAGGUCUGCUGUGGCCGGAGAGGACGGGCGAAUGAUCGUAGGACAAGUGCUCGAUAUAAAUUUGGCCGGAGAGCCCAAACCACAUCGAUCCAAAACCACCAAGCGCUCGGCCGGAGACAUGUACAGCAGUUCCUCGUUGGACCUCGACUACGACUUUCAAAGAGAUUAUUACGACAGAAUGUACUCGUACCCGUCACGUGUGCCGGCCCCUCCCCCUCCUCUGUCCCGGGCCGUCAUCCCGUCCAAACGUCCCAGAGUCAGUCUGAGCGGAGGCAGCAGCCGCAGGACCAAGACCAUCUCCUCGUCCUCCAAGAGCAGCCAGCGCACCUCCUACAGAGCCAUGAAAGUGGACGAGCUGCAGACCAUCAAACGGGAGCUGACUCAGAUCAAGAGUAAAGUGGAUCAUCUCCUGGACUCACUGGAGCGAAUGGAGAAGGACCACAGCAAGAAAUCAGACGGUAAAAGCAACAAGACUGAGCCCGGGGAGGUGACGUCUCCUCCUCACUCCAGUAAAAACAUGGAUCUGAAGAGAGACAGAGACAGUCAAGAACCAAACGACUCUGAGGAGGAAGAGGAGGAGGAGGAGGGAGACCUGCUGGAGGAAGAAGAGGUGAAGAGUCAGGGGCGUGACGAGGACGAGGAAGAGGAAGAGGAAGGGGAGCACGUGGAGGGAGACGACGACGGCGAUAGCGUCAACGGAGACGACUCUUAAAUAUAAACAACACAACUGAGCAUGCUCCGAACCACAUCCCUACUGAACAUGCUCCGAAACCACAUCCCUACUGAGCGCGCUCUGACCGGGCCAGCGCUCACUCUGCCAAACAGAAUCCUCUACACAGAUAAGACGACUUGAAACGAGGUGAUAUUUAUGUUAAUGUCAGUCGUUUUGCGUCGCUUCUGACUGGACAAAUUGUAGGAGUGAAGAAGUUUGUCUGUACAUCCAAACUUCUUCACUCCUACAACAAUUUGUCCACAGAUUUAAACUUUGUCUUUUAACUGACCCUCUGUUAUUGCUUUACCUGGAGUGUUCCACUGUAUGGCAUUACACUUAUCUAGCCUAUCUCCAUGGAAACAAGCAGGUGACGCCCUCGGCCAAGUAAGGUCUGUAAAAAGGCAAUCCCUGCUCAUAAUAAUGUGUGUGUUUAGGUGUAAAAUAGAUGAGUUUAAUGCCAUAUGGUGUAAUAUUACAGAAAGUAACAUUGGACUUGCUGUUUUGCUGAUGCUUAAAUUUUAAAGAAAAAGUUUUAAAAAUGAAUAAUAUUUUAAUCACAGACUUUAAACUCUUCUGAACUUGUGGAUUCAAGUCGUUUGGUCUGUUCGACGGCUCUGUUUCGCCUCAUUGUAGAUAAAGCUGCUCUAAUGAAGCAUGUGGCUCGUUCGCUCUCCUCUUUUCGGUCGACACUGCAAAAUUCUAAAUCUACGGACUUUAAAUUACUUGAAUUCAGAGCAAAUAUUUUGAUUUGAGUGUUUCUGAUUAGGUUUGCACAAAAUAUUCAACACUUGUAUUUAAAUACUGUUGAAAAGACGAUGAUAAUGUGCUUGUGUCCAUGUCGUAAAACACUUUUUGUCAUGUUCAGUUUAAUUUAAUGAUGCACUGUGUAACUUUUCUGGUGGUUUCUGGUUCACCGCCUGCUUGUCUCUGUGGAGAUGGUAUUGCUUUGCCUGGAAUGUUCCACAGUGUGUCAUUAAAUGUGUCUAUCCUGCGUUUAUGUCCUGUUCAUACAAAGUACAGUGUUGGUGCUGUGGAACAUUAGACGAAUCAUUCACAUCUACAGAGACCAGCAGGUGGCAGACCACAGAAACAGAAAAGUUUCACACUGCACCUUUAAGACAUUGAUGUUUUUGGUUUAAUUUAUUAGUUUAGGUAGCUUUGUUAAAAUCAAAACUUGGUGUCUACAGUAGGAAUCAAACAAAUAUAGAAAAUUAUGAGUAAAAUAAACUUAAAGCAGACCUAUUGUGCAAACUGUUCAGAUGUUUCUCCAUGUUCUAGUCGUUUCUUCUCGUUGAGCCUCUGAAGUUAUAUUUGGAGUGAUUCAUGUUUAAUCUUUAAUCGCUUAUUUUCAAGACGAUACUUUACUCACUGGAUUUGGCAGCGUCGUGUCGUCAUUUUGGUACAAAUGAAAAAAACAGGAUCCAAAAUGAGUAAAAUAACCGUGGAGGUUUGGUGCAGCUGAUGUUACAGCCCUGUUCAUGACAAGUGAAUCUUUUCUUGUAUUUAUUUUCCUGGUAAAUCUAGAUUGUGCAAGUUAUUUCUGUAUAUUUUCUGUUAUUUUAAGCUGGUGAUGCUCUUUCUGUAUAAUCUUUUUUUUUUUUACUCCACUGAUAAAUGAUGUAUUGAAGUCAAUUUUUCGAGGUCAACAUGUUUCAAAGCGUCAGCUCGGACGAUGGCUCUGAAUUGAAGUAGUUUGAACUUUUUGUAGACGUCUUGUUUUGCAUUGUGAUGACAUUGUACCAGAGAUUUAUCUGUACUUAAUGUUUUUUACUGGGUUCAUGGACUCUCAAAGUUAAAAAACUCCACGGACGUGAUUCCAAAAGUGUUUUUAGCUUUGAUGAAAAAAUCUGAAUGUUUUUCCCUCUCUGUCGUCUGUUCAAAUGUGUGUCUCUGUUUUUAUACUGUUCUGUUUCAGUUUGACUGUAAAGGAAAUACAUUGCAAUAAAAUGUGAAAAUUUUACUUGAAUUUGGACGGUUUUAAUUAUUUCAGUGGAUUUACACGACCAGUGAAAGGUUUGACCACAUCCUCUCAUUCAGAGUUUGUUUUAGGUCCAACCACAAGACGUCAGAUAUUUGGGAUUAUGUAGCAAAGAAAAGUAAAAUAACUAAACUAUGUUUUAUAUUUUAUAUCCAAAUCCUCAGAGUCUCGUCCCUUUGCUGUGGACAAACCCUUGUCUUUCUCUUCAUGAUGAAGCUCAUGAAAUGGUUUUCACUUCACAGCUGAGGUCAAGGUUCAAAGCAAUUUGUUGAAUUUUAUCUAAAAGAAGUUUUGAGUUAUUUUGAGUUUGUUCUUUACUCCAUUCUACAUGUGUCAUUCAUUGUAGAUUUUCACUGAAAGCAUCAAAAUGAUGUAAAUAAUCAUGAAAAUAAAGAGACAUGGAAGG